UAAGCUUGCGUUAGUCGUUCGUAUAAUUAGACAGAAAGUUUCUUAAACGUGUAUGCCAUUGCUCCAGCUCUAUUUUUUUUAACAUUUAGAGCAUCUUUUAUCAGCAACACCGUAGACGAGCUGGUUUUCUAACUUAAACGCUGUGCAAGUUAUUAUUAGUUCGCUACUGGCUAGUGUUUGUUUUAACUCCAAAGUAAGGCGGUCACCUGAAGAUGUCGUCCACUGGCAGCACAGAGGAUGUGUUGAAGCAGGUCAACCAGUUUUGGUCCAUGCUGGAUGACCUCUCUCAGAAUGACCCUGCAGCCUACCGCAAGCUCCUGGAGAAACAGAUGAAGGAAGGAGCUGAAUUCAGUGCACCGCCUGAGCUCGACUCCAGUCUGUGCACUGAAAUAGAGGAGCCCGAGAAAGGGUCGCUGUACAUCAAUAUAUGCAGCUGGAAACGUGUGCCUGCACCUCAGGAUCCCAGCAGGCCAUUACCUGUUUGUGCAGGAAAGCUGGAAACGGACACAAAUGAAGGUCAAGGUUGCUACACAGUGUUGGAUGUGGCGUUAAACCCAGCAGUGCUGCAGAAAAUGAAGAAAGACAAAACAGAAGUCUAUAUGCUGGCCAUGAGCUUUGCACAGCAGCAGCAUGGGAUGAGGUUAUCUCAACGGUACACGGUCGUCAGCUGUUGCCCAAAAAGUAGCCCAGAUGAUUUGUAUCGCCGGCUUGGGUUUCAGCAGUGGCCGAACACCUCCAAACAACCGAACAUAGCCAGUCAGACCCCAGCUGCCCUUCUGCAGCAGAUCUCCUCUCUACACUCAGAGAAACAAGAUGACGACCCGGCAGCCCAAAUUAUCUGCAGACCUACGGAGCACAAAAAGACGGGUUUGAUCCAGGUCAUCUCUACCACAUUCGUGCAGCCUCAGAAGCCAGAGUACCAGCUUGAGGUGAAGACAGAUACAGCAGGAGUCUCUCGCAGCAUGGAGCUGACAGUGGAGCUGCCAAAGGUUUGCUCCAUGUCAGACUGCCAGCUGAGAAUCUCCAAGGACGACGUCUUACUGGAAGUGGAGGAUGUCUACCGUUUGCUUUUGGAAUUCCCAACACCUGUAAAUGAAGACACUGCUACCGCCAUCUUUAACAAGAAGAAACAAAGACUUACUUUGAGAGUGGAUAUUGUCUGACCAUAUGCUUUAAUGGGGAAACAGAUGUACACAGAGGUGAUCAGUCCUGCUGGGAAUGCCUUAAAGUAAAAACUAAAUUCCUGCUAUGCAAUAUGAAAAGCUGUGUGAACACAUUAUACCAUGGAGGAACUUGAAACUUCAGCUAACAAACUAUCAGUCCCCCUGUAAACAGAUCCUUUCCCAAAACCAAAAGGAUGUUUUUACUGAAGCAAACAUGUCGCUGUGUGGGUUGACCUGCAGCAGCAAAUGUAAUUCUUAACCCCAAAAAAAAUUAACUGACUUUAAUGACAAUCUGUGGGGU